AUGUCUGAGGUUUGGUUAUCUCUGAAGAAUUCACUUCAUUAUUGCAAACCUCACUCAACAGAAGUUCAUGAUCCCAUGACAAGUAGAAGGCAGCACCAUAGAAAACAAAACGCACGAGACAAAGUCAUAGAAGGUUCAAAUUCAGAGAAACAACAUAGUGGUGGUGAUGAUGCAAUAAUCUUUGAUCCUGUCACACAUGAUAUUGUCCUUGAUGACACGAGCGAGGAAAUUAAGAUUAAGACUUAUCUAUCUUAUCCUUACACUCACAUCAAUAAUACUCGCGAAGAUGGUGGCAACAAAGGGAUGGAAGAAUCAUCAAAUAGAUCAACAAGAAGAGGUAUGUCUUUGACGAAAACACAAUAUGUUGAUUGUUACCAAUGCAGUGGUUACUUAAAGUCAAAGAUUUCGAUGCACAAAGGUUCUAAUAGGGUUCCACUAACAUCAACAUGUCAUCAUGAUCAUCAUCAUCAAUGUCGUGACAAACAAGAAAAAUGUGUGGAAGAUUACAAUAUCACUGAGAAUUCAGUUUUGCAACUUCACAGAGAAGAUUCAUCUUGGAAGAUCAUAGAAAGAAUUUGCCAAACCAAACAUAUGAACCCUCAAACUACUGAAACCAAUGCAGCAGCACAUAUAGAAUGUGUCUUAAAAGUUCUUACCACUCCACAAACACUCGCUUCCUUUGAGGAAUGCAGAGAAAGAGUGAGAAACAUAGCUGAGAACAUGCAACCUCGAUGCAUAGCUGAUGGAAAUGAAGUCAUGAGGUUUUAUGGAACAACCAUUGCAUGCUCCCUUGGUCUAGUAAAUUACUCUUCUAUCCUCAGCUGCACUUUAGAACAAUGUGGUUUGUGCCAAAUUCUGAAGCAUGGUUUCAACGCAAACCAAGAAUUCCAUGGUGAACGUGGGGUUCUCACCACUGCUACAAGUGAUCAAGCCUUUGAUUCCAUUAUUUUAUUUGAAUACAACGAGGAAGCAUUACCAAUAUUGAGGAAGUGUGUUAUAGUGUGCAGAGUAAUUGCUGGAAGAGUUCACAAUCCUUUGCAAGAGAUUCAGGAAGAGACUGAUUCGGGUUUUGAUUCAUUGAUCAAGAAAAUAAGCCGUGACUCAUCAGAUAUUGAAGAACUCUGUAUUUUGAAUCCUAGAGCUAUAUUACCUUGCUUUGUGGUAAUCUAUAAUGCGAUGCUUAGGAAAAGCAAUUUUUAA